CGCGAUCCUCCGACCGCGAGUCCGCUGCCCUAACCACUACGCCAUACAGCCUCCACUGCUGCUGUUGUUUUGUAUGUUGUUGUCACAAGUACUGCUGCUGCUGUGUGUUUUCCAGUCAAACUUAAAUACCGUCAACUCAACAUUAUAACCACCCCGUUUAUAUACACACUACGACCAGAUAUUUCCAUUUAUAACAACCAUGGUUCUAAACGUUGACUACAACUACCUGGGGUCCAGUGGCAUGAAAGUCUCCAAUAUAUGCUUUGGCGCCCUAACUUUUGGCGCUACUGAUGAAAAAAGUCAUCGACCAGGUCAGUUGGAUCCCACAGGUUCAUAUCAACUCCUUGACCGUUUUGCUGAAUGUGGUGGCAACUUCAUAGACACAGCAGAUGUCUACACGAACCGUCAGUCAGAGACAAUUGUUGGUAAUUGGCUCAGCAGUAAAGAAAGGAGCAGGUAUGUUAUUGCCACUAAGGUCCGGGUCAACACCAACCCCAACGACCCGACCGACGUCAAUGCUGUUGGGCUCAGUCGUAAACACAUUGUGGCCGGCUUGGAGAAGAGUCUUGAGUGUCUGCAGACCAAUUAUGUGGACCUUUAUCAGGCUCACUGCUGGGACAGUGGUACACCAAUCAAGGAAACCCUUUUGACCUUCCACGAUUUACAAAGAGCUGGCAAGAUCCAUCAUAUUGGUGUAAGCAAUUUCUGUGGCUGGCAGCUACAGAAAACGGUGGACCUGGCCAACCACAUCGGUAUGUCAUCAAUUCUUACUCUUCAGCAACAAUACAGUCUCAUGGAGAGAAAUGCUGAGUUUGAAGAAUUCCAAGUGUGCCAAAAUGACGGAAUAUCCAUUUUACCAUGGAGUCCCCUAAAAGGUGGUUUCCUCUCUGGUAAAUUCAAAAGAACUGAAGCCCCUUCGGCAGAAUCUAGGAUCGGGUAUACAGCUCUGGAUGAGAAAAACCGGGUUCUUGAAACCCAACCUGGAUGGUCCACUUUACAAUCCAGAGACGACAUUUGGCUCCUUCUUGACGCUAUGAAAAAAAUUGCACAAAAUCACAAUAAAAGUGUGGCGCAAGUUGCCAUUCGGUGGCUCCUUCAGAGAAAGAUGGUGGCAUCAGUUAUCAUCGGUGCUAAAACUAUGUACCAGCUUGAUGACAAUCUUGGGGCUUCCAGUGGCUGGGAACUGACAUGUGAAGAGAUGAAGACACUGAAUGAUUUGUCAGCACCUGAGGAGAAAUAUCCAUACUCCUUCAUCAGGAGAUUUAAUGACACUCGCUGAAGUAACACUGGACUAGCAUCCCACUCAAGGACCAUGUUGUGAUCACACUCAUUGACAUGCUCUGGAAACUGGGUGAGCAUCCCUGAUUCCUGGGGUCCCAGAAAACAAUCUAAACAAUACAACACUGUUAUAUACUACAUAUCAUACACACUUUGCUUGAUGCACACCCUUCCCACCACACACACACUACAUGCGUACGUACAACAGUAUUACCAGGCAUCUUUGAGAUGUGACUAUAUCCAACAGUUUCUAUUAAUCCAAUCUACUAAAAUAUUAACUGUUUUUUUAAAAAGAUUUAAUUAAUAUUUUGUAAUUACUAAUUUAUUUUCAAUAAAAAGUAUCAAUAA